GGGCAGCCGAAGGGAGACAACAAGAUGUCAUCGACAACUGAGCAAGUUUUGGUCAUCUGCUUACUUUGCUUACGCUUAUAAGUCACCAUGAAUUAGCUCGAGACACCCUUGUGAUACCCCAUCAUUCUGUUCCCUCCCCACAUCGCCUACUCUCGUACCACAGAUUCCCUGACCAUGUCCACCCACGCGGUCUCUUCAUCUUCGCGACUCGCAGUCAGGAGGAGGUCAUCGCUGACAGAGGCAGACCUGUUGGCCACCAGGCUGGCAGUGACCAGUCUCGUCCGAGCCAUUGCAAAAUCCGGCGUGCCGACGUCAGAGGCAGCCGUAGAGGCUUCUCUAGCAAAGCGUACGGCUAUGGCUGCAGCAAUGGCUAAGCCAACGGCCAUGGCCCCAGCUGCAUCGGCGUGCGCAACUCCUAACGGUACAAUCACGGUCACACCCACUACCACACCGAGGAAGAGUGUCAUUUCAGGUACUCUCGAACGACUACGUCGAGCAAGCCAUAGGAAGUCGCUCGAGAUUCACAACACAUCCGAGAGCAGCCUGCAGCAUCCCACAGCUCCCCUGUUCUCGUCGCCCUUCAAUGCCGCACGUGCGAGGGCCCCAUCCAUGCCUUCUAGCACAGUUGUCGCUGUCUCCCUGGAUGCUGAGCUGGGUGAAGACUAUCAUCCCCCUGCCCCAGAAGUAUCGACACGUCCCAGGCUGUUCCGAAGUACUGGAUCUGAUCCGCUUAUCUCCACACAUCACCUGCCGCACAUUUCGCUGCAUCUGAAGCACAAGCGCAGACAGAAUCAUACUCACGAGGACGAGGAUACCACAACAGGGCUUCCCAGUGUCACCGAGGGUGUCCAGUCUUCCUCCAACUUGUUCGCAGCCGCCUUCGACCUUGCAGCACCUCACGACCAAGGCACUCCUGGCUCAUCAAGAGGGACUUCGAUCGCGUCGAGCCUCGGGGAAAGUCCCAGAUUGCAGAAUCUUGCUCUCGCUACGGGCUUCAGGCAAGCAUACACUGAAGAUUCCAUCUGCCCGAUCCAGAAAGAGACGAAGCGUCGCCCACCUCCGCUCAAUCUGCACCUAGGAACCUCAACGGCAGAAGCAGACCUGCCGCUGCCAGUGUCCGACCGCUUCGAGGACUCCUUUCCGCCUGAAGGUCAGGUGAAGAAGAUCACUCUGCAAUUGGAAGAUUGGCAAAAGGAGCUCACGGUGUCGAAUGUACCUCCUCGACCUUCUUAUACACACACCUCUUCACUCUUCAACGUCGCCCCUGCAACAUCCUGGCCUGUUCAGCACCUGCGGAUGCGAUCCAGGGCCUCGUCCCUUGCCCUAAAUCAUGAAGCGCCGAGGACACGCACAUUUGUUCCCGCAGACUUUGCCCAGUCAACAGAGGAACGUGAACCACGGAGAAAGUCGAUGCUCGCUGCAGCGCCGCAGGAGAAUCACAAGAAGAGCUUGAAGAGGCCCACCGUCCCCACCUCUGCCUCCUCGCCAUUCAUGUCAUUUCGAGAAGACUGGCAGCAUGAGAAUUCAAGGCUGUGGUAAGACUGCAGGUGUAGAUGUCGUUGGUCAAGCUGUCUCAAUGUUUCUCCCGUGUAUACCA